UAUGUUUGCUUGGGUUUCAGUUUCUCAGAGCUACCGAGUUAUUGAGAUAUUGAAGGACAUCAUGAACAAAGUAAUGGGAAUCAAAAAGAAAGAAACAACUACAGGAAUUACAGUAGAAGACUUCGAGCAGAUGGGUGAAGAAGAAGUGAGACAGCAUCUCCGUGAUUUCCUAAGAGACAAAAAGUAUUUGGUCGUGAUGGAUGAUGUAUGGACUGUGGAUGUUUGGAGACAAAUUCAUCAAGUCUUUCCUAAUGUGAACAACGGCAGCAGCAGAAUACUGCUUCCCACUCGUAACAUGGAAGUUGCUAGACAUGCGGAGCCAUGGAUUCCUCCGCAUGAACUGCACCUUUUGAAUGACACACACAGUUUGGAACUCUUCUGCAGGAAGGCAUUUCCAGCAAACCAAGAUGUCCGAACUGAGUUGGAGCCAUUGGCCCAGAAGCUUGCAAAGAGGUGUGGCGGACUUCCUCUUGCACUUGUGGUGUUAGGGGGCCUUAUGUCGAGGAAAGAUCCUAGCUACGAUACGUGGUUGAGAGUAGCUCAGAGCAUGAACUGGGAAUCCAGUGGAGAGGGGCAGGAAUGCCUCAGUAUAUUGGGUUUAAGUUACGACGACUUGCCAUAUCAAUUAAAACCAUGUUUCUUGUACAUCACUGCAUUCCCAGAGGACUCUAUUAUCCCUGUUUCCAAAUUAGUGAGGUUGUGGAUCGCCGAAGGUUUCAUACUAGAGGAGCAGAGACAGACAAUGGAAGACACCGCAAGGGAUUGGUUGGAUGAGUUGGUGCAGAGGUGCAUGAUCCAAGUUGUAAAGAGAAGUGUGACUCGUGGGCGGGUUAAGAGCAUACGCAUCCAUGAUAUGUUACGCGACUUCGGACUAUUAGAAGCUAGGAAGGAUGGAUUUCUUCAUGUUUGCAGUACCGACGCCGUAGUAUCGAGUCAUCGUGUAGCUUUCCAUGAUCGGAUAAAUGAGGAGGUUGCUGUUUCCUCACCACAUCUCCGAACAUUACUGGGCUCCAAUUUAAUUUUGACUAAUGCGGGAAGAUUUUUGAAUGGGUUAAACUUAUUAAGGGUGCUGGAUUUGGAGGGUGCAAGAGAUCUUAAGAAGCUACCGAAACAGAUGGGCAACAUGAUUCAUCUACGGUACCUGGGAUUGAGAAGGACUGGUUUGAAGAGACUACCAUCCUCAAUAGGACAUCUCCUCAAUCUGCAGACUCUGGAUGCGAGAGGAGCAUACAUUUCAUGGCUUCCGAAAUCAUUUUGGAAAAUCCGGACGCUGAGGCAUGUAUAUAUCAAUAGACGUAUGUUUCUAAGCGCACCAAUAAUUGGCGAUCACAAGAACUGGCAGACUCUGAAAAUCACAUGGAUCUAUGUGGAUGUUAUGGAUAUGAUCCGUUUAGGGGGCAUAAGAUUCAUCAAGAAUUGGGUUACUACAUCAGACUCUGCAGAGAUGGCAUGCGAAAGAAUAUUUAGUGAAGCAUUCGGAAAAUCACUCGAGAAAAUGGACAGCCUCUUCUCCUUUAGUAUGACUAUGAGAGAAUUGCCGAGAGACAUCUUCUUCGCACAUGCACGACACCUGCAGAAGCUCCGCUCAUUAUAUCUGAUAGGACCGUUCCAACAGCAGCAGUUCCCGGACAGCAGUCAAUUCCCACCAAACCUCACCAAGCUCAUGUUAGAGGGUUCUACAUUGGAGCAAGACCCAAUGCCAGUGCUGGAGAAGCUGCCAAACCUCAGGCUUCUUGCACUACGCUGGGGUGCAUAUGCAGGGCGGAGCAUGUCGUGUUCUGCUGGUGGCUUUCCUCGACUGCAACACUUGAUAUUAUCAUGUCUCAAUGAUUUAGAGGAAUGGAGAGUGGGGGUUGGGGCAAUGCCCUGCCUCACCCACUUGACUAUCGAUGGAUGCAGGAAAUUGAAGAUGCUUCCCGAGGGAUUGCAGCACGUGACCACCCUUCGGGAACUGAAGCUGAUUGAAAUGUAUUGUGAGUUCAUUGAUAGGGUCAGAAAUGAGGAUGGGUACAAGGUUCGACACAUCCCCUCCACUAUUUUCGAACAUUAAUACUCCACCUUGCAGGAUGCAGGUGAUGAGGUUUCAACGAUUUCUUGAACAUGUUCAUGGAGACAUUUCUGGCUAUUUCCUAUGGAACCGUCAAACUAUUGAUUGUAUUAGUUCUUCAUGUCAUUUUCACAUCAUAUGUUUCUUUAGAUUUGAUGGAGUUGUUAAUUGUCUAUAAUAUAUUUAACAAUGCUUUUCCACAUGAACUAUUUCAACUUGUGAAUGCUUGUUCAGUAGCAACCUUAGAAACCAUAUCUUCAACA